AUGGCCCUGCGUUUGAAGCUCUCUUGCCGUAAUGGUUUUAUCGAAGCCGAAGUCGAAGACCCGGCCAAUUUGGAGGAAUCGAAGGCUGCGAGCAUCCUCCGCUCGCGAAGUGCUCCGUCGCUCUCCAAGCUCGCAUUGCAUGCCGAUGAUUCCGAUGAUUUCGAUGAUCCGAUUCGGCAUGAAAGAUCGGAUCGUGCCAAGGAAGGAUUGUAUGUGGCAGAACUCGAACAGAUCUGGGGGCAGGACCGACAGCAGGAAUCCUACGUGCAAGCUUUCGGCUGUAAAGCCGGAAAAUCGGGAAAGGAGAGGGGAUAUGAAGAGUGCCGGCAGGACAAGGAGUUCUUGAAGCAGAAGUUCGAGUCGUGGCAACACACGGGCCGGGCGCCACUGCCGGUGGUCCGCUGCUUGCUUCUUGGGCCAGGGCGAGCGGGCAAAACAACCACCCUAAGGCACUUGAAGCAAGAAAGCGAGCCCAGAACGAAGAAUGUCGUGCAGGACGCAGAGACAAUGCUUGGCCCAAGACGAAUAGAUGACGAUCUGCUCGCGGGGAUCGGCGAGCUGGCCGAUGAGACACAGCCCAUCCAACCCAAGCUUCAGUAUUGGGACUUUGCGGGCCAGGGCGACUAUGCUCAAAGCAAUCUCGUACAUUUUCAUGGCCGUGGCAUUUACCUCGUUUUCUGCGAUGUCAGCCAGCCCUUGGAAGAGGCUUGGCGGGAGCUGCAGUCUUGGCUCUGGCAUGUCGCCCAAUACGCCGUAGACGAGGGCGGCAGGGCUGAUGCAGCUCCGCCAAUCAUCUUGGUGGCGGCCAAAUGGGAAAGCAGGCAGCUGGACACGAAAGUGCUAGACGAGCGGCUGGAGCAAUUCUUGCAGCGCUUGCCCAAGUUGCGGCACCAGCUCCAACCUGGACCACGAGAGUUUCCUGCAUGUCGGUCCAAGUACCUUUGGCCCGUUGAGAACACUGCGUGCAAUGUUGAAAGGUACCUUGAGCCGCUCCGCAGGCAAAUCCAGGAACUGGCCCUUGAGCUGCUGCUGCCUCGGAGUCCACACCUCAGGGCCGACGAGAUGCCGCACGCCGGGCUGCAAUCGGAGCAAUUCCCGGUGGCCUGGCUGCGAGCCCACGACAUUCUCACCAGACUGGGAGACGGCAUGGAGGCCACCGUCCCAGAGACGCAGCUUCUCGCACUAGGCUCUUCCAGUCUAGACAGACGGCUGAAUAUCAAGCUCAUGUCCAGCGUGUUCAUGAAGACCCACAAAGGCGAGACUAUCGUUCUGCCUGAUGGGACGAACGUCCAAGUCGAAGUGCUCGGUAGGGACGACACCGGACAGUCUCUGCACGUGAUGGUUUUCUGUACCUCCCUUGAACUAUCGAAGGUGCUUGAGAUGUUUGCGGUAUUGCAACCAAGACCUAUUCUGCAAGAAGAGGCGAUUGAAGUCCUGAGUUGGCUUCACAGCUUUGGAAUUCUUGUCUGGUUCAAUGAGGAAGGUCUAAGGGAGCAUGUCCUUCUAGAUAUCCGGAGAGUUUCGGUGGCGAUGACUCGCGUUAUCAGUGUUUGCAUCUGGGCGGACAGAGGCCUCCAGCACUCUGCAGACUACCAAAACCAGCUGCGGGAUGCGAAGCUGUCCCAAACCGAGCUUCGCCGGUUAAGCACAGAAGGCCUGGCCACUCGGAAGCUGCUCAAGGAGUUAUGGAGAAACGAUUUCUCCCCACAAGAUCACGAUGCAAUGACAAGCAUCAUACUGAAGAUUAUGGUACAGAAGUCACUGAUCCUGAACCGCGGGUUCGUGGAUGAGUUCAUCGUUCCCUGCUGUCUGCCCUCCGCAACAGUGCCUGAAUCCCCCGACGAGGCUGCGGAAGUCAGGUACGUCGACUUAGACGGACUUAUUUCCCCUGCCAUGUUAUCCCAGAUUGCAGUACUGAUAUGCAAGAAAGAGAACACAACGCACGAGCUUUGCCCAGGGCCGCCACAAGUGUUCCGAAACCACGUGGAGUUCGCUUCCAAUGAAGCAAUCACUACGAUCGCUUUGUCACCAUCUUUAAGCUUUCAACUGCUCCGCAUUCGGGUGAAGCUGCGACCCUCGGAGGAUCCCCCCCAAGGGGAAGCGGAAGCAGAGCAGCAGGCGCAGAGAAGGAGAGACGAGAUGGACCGGAUCAUCCACAGCCUUUUCGAGGUUGUGGGCAUUGCGCUGAAAUCGAGAGACCAACUCGUUUGGGAACGGGAGAACAUGAGGUUGGAUCCCGAGAUAUUCUUUGCCAAGUUCUCGUGCUUCAAGUCGCAUUGCAUGGUGUUUCCUUCAUGCCCCCGCUGCGAGCUGUCAGAUUCAUGCCUGCUGAAUGAGCGCUUUCUGCCCGAUCUCAGCCUGCUGCUGGCUAAAGUGGUGCAGAGCCUUUGCGUCCGUGGCGAUGUGCGACCGUCUGGCAGCUUUCGAUUCAUUGUCAUGAAAUUUCCUGGGGAUGUCGAUGUGGAGGAGUACGUUGUCGCCGGGCAGGCCGACCUGAGAGAAGCGCUGCGAAGCUUGGCGCAGUGGCUGCAAUGGGUCUGCAAGAAGUGCGAGCGGCAAGCAGAUGUCUACUGGGGAGAGCUAAAGGCUGGCACAGACCCUACCAACGAGGAAGUUCUCAAUUGGAGCAUCCCAGAGGUUCUCAAGGGCAGAAAACCAUGUGCACCCUCCGAUCAGCAACAAACGGAGGUCUGGCUAAAAGACGCGCUGGCCGAGGGCAACAAGUCCCGAACAGCCUUGAUCAGAAUCUUCGCAAGAGCCACACUGCUCAGAGACACGUCAUGCGCACCUAAACCUCGCUUCUUCGAGGUCACCAACGCGAUCCGAUUCGGCCACGUGCAGAACGGCAGAAUCCAGGCAGUGACCAGCGAGUACGAUUUUCUCACAGUCUUGGCCAUUUUGCUCUGGGAUUACUGUGGCAAGACUCCGAAGGCGAUGAAGUUUGUGAAACGCCUGUGGGAGCGGGCGGCCUUCUUGGCAAAGCGGAACAUCGCCGUCGAGGCUUGCCUCACGACCCUCAAGGCUCUGUUGCCGAUCUUCGGACACUGGGUGGCGGAGCUGGGUCAGAUCGCGGCGCAUGUGGAGACGCUGCAGAACAUGCUGAAAAGAGAGUUGGAGGAUGCAGUCCGCUCCGAUGUUGAAGCUUUGGGCCAAAGCCUGGAGGCCGUGAAGAAGAGGAUGCUCCAGGCCGAGGCGUGCGUGUGGACUUGGGAGCCCACUGCCAAAACCCAAGUUUUGGCAACGCUCGAAGACUUACCACGGGUAACCAAAGCUGACGGCAUGCUGGCGCAGACGCUCUCAAAGGCGGAAGAUCUCUUGGAGGCAUCCGUGGAACUGGUGUUAGUGAAUUGGCUGCGAAGCUUCCAGACACCGCUAGCGCGACCUCUGCAUGACGAGUGGACCUUUCCUUCAGACCACCUCCCGAUUGCCGCGAAGCUCGCCAUCAAGUGUCGCGAAAAGACAGCGAACAUCCGCUUGUGCUCUUGGAAACUUAUCCACAGGGUCAGCGGCUCUCUGUUCAGCGAGGCAGCCCGAGAGAUGCAGAUUCUCGACAAUGUGAAGAACAUGCUCUUGCACCCGACAUGCCCGAAGCAGCUUCUUUGCCUCCAGGGAUGCUGGCCCAAGCUGCUGGAGAAGAUUGAUGAGUGGCUUAGAGGGCAGGGCUCUUUCAGCAUGACGCCCGCACACAACGAACAUCGCGAAAGCAGUCAGAAGCAGGUAGUGAUUUACAGCACGGACGACCUGAUGCUGGAGUCAUAUGGACCACUAGCCCCAGACUUGGAGAAGGAUGCGACGGUGGCUCAGUUCGGGCUCAGAUCUGGGCUGGGCCAUCUUCGUGUCAUCCCCGCGCACCUGUCGUCUGAGCCUUUCGGCCCGGCACGGCGCACUCUGUGCCGCGGUCUGCAGAGUCUGCCAAGGCUUCAGGAGGAGCGAGGUGUCGAGGUCCCCGCGUUUCUGGUAGGCGACCUCAGCUUCACCGAGAAGGCCAUUGGGCCGUUGCUGAAGCACUAUGGAAACUUUCCGGACACUCGCUUCGUUCCGAUUCCGUAUCCGACCACCAUCUGUGAGGGCUCCCUGGUUCCGAUGCGAACCGACUGCAUCGCGCUGCUGUCGCCGAAGGAGCUCCUUCAGGCUGAGCCACUGGAGGGGAAGGAUGUGCUCGCCGGGUUGCCGCAGCACCUGGAGCUGCUACGCACUAGGUCGCUGGGGCUGGCGGGCAUCGACGAGCAUGUGUUCUCGAGGAUUGCCGCUGCCGACGGAUCACCGCAGAUGAGCUAG